GUUAGGUGUUGCGUUGUGAGAGCAUUAGUAUCGUAAAAUCUGAAUUCUAACCGGAUGAGUCGCCAAAUCAGAAUACAAAAUUAGACGAUUGUGCUGGUAUAUAAAAGAUUUGCUAUCCUUAUAAGCGCUCACAUUAGCAGAAAACAACAGAAUAUUUGGCUUUGCGUUGCAGUUUCAGAGCGUUGGUCAGAGUUUGAGGAUAACUUGGGGAAAAUGAAAUUUUUAAUUGUGUUCGCUCUGAUUGCGGUAGUUGCCGUCAAUGCCGAUUCCCAAAUUUUAAAGUACGAGAACAACAACGACGGAGAGGGAACCUACAAGUUUGAAUUCGAAGCUGAUGACGGUACGAGUCGCGUAGAACAGGGCGACCAAAAGGGCCAAGAUCUAAAAGUCCAAGGAAAUUUCCAGUUCGUUGCUGAUGAUGGCCAGGAAUACAAAGUGAAAUACGUAGCUGAUGGAGAGGGUUUCCAUGCUGAAGGUGAUCACGUUCCAAACGAAUAUGUUGAACAACUGUCGACUCUGUAGGAUGGGAAAAUAAAAAUUUGUUGAAAACUU